UUGGGAGUUCAGAAAUCGCACUUUUGACAGUUCGCUUAAACGAACUCAAAAAAGUGUGAUUUCGCGAACUCGAAAAAUGGUAAAAAUCGCCAAAAAACGAGUUCAGUUAUGCGAACUCCCAAAAGUGCGAUUUUGGACUUAGCGAAAUUUUUGCAAACUUUUUGAAACCUUUCAUCAUUCCAUUUUGACAUUUCUGUUAAGUUUGCUGGUAGAGAUAGAUCGCGGAAUGGAACAGGCCAACUCGGACAUUCCCGGAAUCCCGGAAAAAAACAUCUGGACGCUAUCGACUGACGGGAAUCCUCGAUCCGGAUCAUCUGCUAGACGCGAUCACGGAAAAGACGGCCUCGACGCAUUGUCUUACCGUGGAGCGCUGUGGCCAGAGGAGAACGUCGCGUGCAACAAGUUCAACUCGAAGAUCAUCCAGGGUGAGAUCAGAUCUGAAGCUGGUGGGAAGUCAGACGAGUGCGCACCGGUUCCACAAGGUCGUGUGGAGUCCGCUGGAUUUUGGUACGGCCACGAACCCGAACGGGGUCAUCGUCGGUGGUUGCGAAGCUGGCAUCAUCCAGGUUUACAGUGCUUUGAAGCUGUUGGCCGGGGAGAACGCGCUGAUGGCUCGGGAGCGUCGGAGUCGGAAAUCUUCAUCUGGGAUCUGAACAUCACGGCGGCGCCGAUGAGCUCAGCAACGAAGGCGCAACCGUUUGAGGAUGUUCAGGGUCUCACGUGGAACCGACGGGUCCAGCAUAUCCUGGCCUCCAUCUCCAGCUCGUGUUGUGUCAUCUCCGUUCAACUGUGGGAUCUCCACUACGAGACUGCCCCCACCAAAACCUUCCACAUCCACCAGCGGGGUGUCCUCGGUCUGACCUGGUGCCCGAAGGAUUUCGACCUGGUCGCUUCCUGCGGCAAAGACAACAAAAUCCACUGCUGGAACCAAAACUCCGAAGAGCAAAAUGGGGAAAUCCUCUCCGAGCUCGCGACCACCAACCAGUGGAACUUUGACGUGGCCUGGUGUCCGCGCAACCCGGCGCUCAUAGCCGGUUCCAGCUUUGACGGCAACUCGGUGAACAAAAUAGCCGAUUCGUUCCCCGGAGUGGACAGCAUCGAGCACAAGCCAGUUCACCCGUUCGAAGGACAGCCGCAGCUCACCUGCAAUGAUCUGAAGCGACCGGCGGGAGCGUGCUUUGGGUUCGGCAGCAAGUUGGACACGUUCUACGGAACGAGCCGCACCGUCAUCGUGAACCAGAUCGUAACGGAUCGCGAGCUGAUCGAACGCUCGAACCAUCUCGAGCAAGUACUGGCCGAGGGCACUCGCUCCGACGCCUGCGUGAGAAGGAACUUGAAGGAUUGCUGGGAGACUUCUCGGCUUGACUGCACGAUCUACUGCGAUGCCGGGGACAUUUGA